AUGACUGAAAACUGUUGUCGUUGUUCUGGGAAAUACAAUGCCGUGUAUGAGGCUGCUAAGGAGAAUGAUGUUGAUGGUGUGAACCGUUUACUCAGUGCAGGACGACCAGUAGAUGAACAAGAUAAAAGCUGGCGUCUGCAGACUCCAUUACAUAAGGCUGCAUAUUAUGGAUUUACAGUUCUAGUAGAUUUAUUAUUAAAUAAUAGCGCAAAUGUCCGUGCAGUUGACAAUGAAAAAAAUACUCCAUUACAUGAAGCUGCAAGAAAUGGACACACACAAGCAGUUGAGAUGUUAAUAAAUAAAGGGGCUAAUGUGAAUGUUGUCAACAAAUUUAACAAGACUCCGCUUCACCAUGCAGCUGAAGAUGGCAAUAAACAAUCAGCCGAGGCAUUGUUAUCUACUGGGGCUAAAACAAGUAUAGUUGAUGAGGACAACAAGACCGCACUUCAUUAUGCAGCGGGCCGCGGUGAUAAUAAAUUAGUUGAAGCAUUGUUGUCGGCAGGAGCUGACACGAAUGUUAUUGAUAUGGACAAAAAGACCCCACUUCACCUUGCUGUGGAACACACUGACAGCAAGUCAGUUCAGGCAUUGUUGUCAGCAGGAGCGAACACAGACGUAGUUGACAAGGACAACAGAACUCCACUUCACUAUGCAGUUAGACUUGGUGAUACUAAAUCAGUUGAAGCAUUGUUGUCCAAAGGAGCCAAAAUAAAUGUAGUUGACAAGAGUAACAACACUCCAUUACAUACAGCUGCUGGGGAUGGUCUUCUGUCAAUAGUGAGAUUGUUAGUGAAUAAAGACGCCAAUGUCAAUGUUAUCAAUGAUAAAAAGGAAAAUGCUCUCAUCAAAGUACUUCAAUUUCCAAACAGAAGCUUGGGCAUUUUUAAUGAAGAUAAAAAGCGAUCAUCUCUUGAUAUUUUGAAGCUGCUUUUGGAAAGGAAUAUCGACUUUGAAUAUGUUACUAAAGACGGCAAUACACCUUUACAGUAUAUUAAUUCCAAUAUAUCAUCAGCUGGUAUGAAAACUGAUUUCUACAAAGACGCUAAAAUAUUACUAAUGAAGGCAAAACAGCAACGACAACACAGUGAAUUACUAAUGAAACAGUGUGGAGAUAAAGUUGACUCAACAAAGAUGUAUUUUUGUGGACAUGGUGCAGUUGGCAAAACAACACUAAAGAAAACACUAAAGAAGUCAGUAUUAUCUAGCUUUCGUCGACGUGCCCCUAAAAUUGGCAAAGAUGAGCAUAUUCCUACUCCUGGCAUAUCAAUUGAGAAUGUUAAUCUUCCUGGAGUUGGUAAAUGCAGCAUAUGGGACAUUGCAGGUCAAUCUCAAUAUUUUGUGUCGCAUUCCAUGUUCUUCGAUGCUGGUAAAGCCACUUUUAUCGUUGUGUACAAAAUUGUUGAUUACAAGAAAACGAGUGAUGGAUACAUACUAAUAAGACCCAUGGACAUAAAACAACUAGCCAUGAAUCAGGUGACAUUUUGGUUGAAAUUCAUACGAGGUUUAUAUAUACUUUCCACCUUGAAUGCGACCGAUCAGCCAUUGAUAAUUCUCGUAGCUACUAGAGCUGAUUGGACUGGUGAAUACAGACAAGAAGCUGAGAUUGUUGUCAGUGAGAUUCUAAAGGAGUGUAUAGAGAUUAUGAAAGAAGAUUUAAGGAUUCUUAAUGAGUGUUUUCUAAUCAACGGCCAUGAUGGAAGAUGUGCUGAUAUGCAACGGUUGAGAGCAGCAUUGCAUACAAGACGAAAUCACGUUCUUCAGAGUGAACUGCCAAUGCCAAGAAUUUGUAAACACAUACUUGAAUGUAAACGUAAGUGGGUUGCAGAGAAUGCAGGUUUUCCAGUUAUGGAUUGGUCAAGUUACCUGGAGUUCAUAAGGAACAAAAUAGAUUCUGUUGUCAGAGAAGACUUUUUAAAGAAAGCAACCAAUUAUCUCCACAAUGGCGGUGAGAUAGUACAAUUUAAAGAUGUGAUACAGCAUGGCGAUAUUAUUGCCUGGAUUCCUCUGUGGAUAUGUUUCAGAGUAAUUGGUCCAUUACUGGCAUCUAAGGAGUUUAUUCAAUUCAGCAAUACGUUGCCAAAUCAAAAAGCAUAUAAAGUCAAUGAAAUUGCAAAGGUUUUUGAUAAAUCCAUUAACAUUCCGCUGGUACUGCAACUUUUGCAAAAGCUAGAGUUACUAUUUCUUUUAACACGUGAUUCUAAAGGCGUUUCCAUGAAUGAUGUAUAUGUCAUUCCAACCCUACUGCCCAAUGAUGUGCCAUGUGACCAAUGGAUGCCAAGCUCAUACAGGUUAAAUCGAGGGAUCAGGAUUCAAUGUCAAAAAGAAAUUGACAUGCUCCUACCACAACUAUUUCACCAAGUACAGACACGUCUUUAUAAUAAAUUCUCUGAGCUUGGAUAUAAACCGAGUGGUAUAUGGAGAAAUGGUAUUAAGAUUUUUUAUGGGGUUGAAGGAUUGGUUCAUCUGACCCAUGACAGAACUGCUAUAAACAUAUUUGCAAGGUGUGAGAAUGAAGAUGGCCUUGGAGAGUGCUAUACACUGAUGAACAUGGUGGCACAGUGUAUUUUUGACAUGCGUAAUGAAAUAUCUCCAGGGUGUAAUGUUGAAAAGUGUGUUAUCAGUCCUAUCUCUAUCAAAAAUGGCAGGUCAUUUGAGGAAGUAGUCUUCUACCCACUAGAUGCCAUUCGUGAAGCUGAACGUAAAAGAAGCUUAGUAUAUGAUGAGCACACUGGCACCGGGGAGAAAAUUACAGAUUUACUUUGCACUGGAUUUGAUUCCAUGUUUGUUGAUGAGUUUAAGUCUGAGUGUGAUGUCAAAUGGAUACUAUCCGGGACAAAACUGACAUUGAUUAAUUUACUUGAGGUCAAACGUGAUGAUGGAACAGACCACCGGAUGAUGGCUCAACAUAUGGGAAUAUCCAACAGUGACAGGGAAGCUAUGGAAGCCAAGGCAUCAACACUAAAUAAAUAUGUGACAGAACAACUGUUCGAUGAAUGGUCUCGUAAAUGGGAAGAACGAAUUGUGCGAGAUGGAACACACGCCAAUAGGUCCGGAACUGAAGGAUCCCCAGAGUAUGCUGUCUACUAUGAAAGUAAUAUAGAAAACCUACUUCGCAUCAACAAUGAUUUCCUGGGAAGUAGAGCAGACGUACGGGAAGCAAUAAAUAGUAUGUUUCAAGUAUUGCAUGCAUGA